AUGAUUACUGCAUUUCCCCCGAUAGAUGGAGUGCAACUGCAGGCAGAUGCAGGUCCGCGCAUAGUUCGAGCCAAACGCCGAGGUGUGGCGUGGCAGUGGCGUCGCUCCGGCCGAAUAAACGGUAAUGUGGUGCCGAAUAAAAUGCGCGAUUAUUAUGUUUUUCGCGAAAUUCGCUACAACCAUCCGGGGCAAUGGCGCAGACAAAGGUCCCUCGGCUGCUCUCGCUGG